AUGUCUGCCCUUGCAUCCGAGACAAAGAUCCAGCUGCCAAAUGACUCUUCCCUCCCGGGAGAGCACUUUGAGGUCCGCCAGACGGCCACCUCGGCCGACAUGCACCCCAACCCGGCCAACUCCAUCCCCCUCUCGCCCGCCCGCCAGCGCCUCCUCGACGACAUCAUCGCGCUCUACUCGUGCCAGCCGACACGCGAGCGCGUCAAGCGCUACACCCCGGACUGCGUGUACGACGACCAGUUCGUCUACGCGAACGACCGCUACAAGAUGGCGGGGCAGUGGUUCGCGCUCCCGAAGCUGUUCAAAGAGAGCAAGAACGAGGCAUAUGAAGUGAUCAGGAACGACCCGCUUUUGAUCCAGUUCAAGAACGAGCAGACGUGGACAUUCCCGGGCGGCGUCAAGUCGACCACCAUCAACGCGCUCGUGUCCUUGUCGUUGGACCCAGACACAGCGGACUCGGACUUCCCCCAAGUCAAGUACCACAAAGACCAGGCAAACGAGAAGGACUACUCACACACGGGCCUUGCCGACCGCGUCUCCGGGUCAAUGGAUAGCGAGGAUGUCGAGUUCUUCAAGGGCGACGCGCGGGAUGACUAUCACGAGGAGGUUCGCAAGUAUGACAGCGGAACGGCGGACGCGCGGAAGCUGCAGUUCUGA